AUGGGUGUUUCGUUUAAGGUCGCAAGGAAAGGUUCAAGGUUCCGUCCCAAACCUGUGAUUCAGCCAGAUGAAGUUGCUCUCAAUGAGGCAUCAGAAAAUUCCAAGGAGGGCUCGUUAAUUGGCGCCCGAAAUCCGUCGUCGAAGAGAAAGGUUGAGGACACUGAGGAUGUAGCUGACAUCUCAAGUACACCAAUCUCUGAGGAUGAAGUUGCUUUCACGUUGGACCUCUAUCGAGAUGGAUAUUCCAUUGGAAAAGUCUCUGAGAAUGAUGCUGCACGCAGGCCUCCCAUUCAAGAUGCUUCAAAGGUGUUGCAUCCAUAUGAUAGGGCCUCUGAAGCUAUGUUUUCGGCAAUUGAAUCUGGCCGGUUGCCUGGAGAUAUUCUGGAUGAUAUACCAUGCAAGUAUACCAAUGGAACUCUUGUUUGCGAGGUACGAGAUUAUCGGAACUGUGCUACUGAGCAGGGUUCUGGUAUGCCAUCUCUUGGUGGGGCUCCUACUAUGAAUAGAGUGCGCCUUAAGAUGUCAUUGGAAAAUGUGGUGAAGGAUAUCCCCCUGAUUUCAGAUAACUCCUGGACUUAUGGCGACCUAAUGGAAGUCGAAGCCAGGAUAGUGAAGGCUUUGCAGCCGAUACUUUCGCUUGAUCCCACACCUGAAUUGGAUAGGCUCUCUGCUACCCCUUUUCCCUCCCGGCUUAAUCUAAAUCUGAGUAGCCUGCGGAAGAAACGGUUGAGGCAGAUGCCAAAUGUAACUGUGAUGUCUACAAACAGACUCCAUGGGAAGAAAGUUUCCAUAGAUCAAGUCCCAGAAAGCUCCAGCAGCAGAUUUGCUGAGUCAGGCCAUAUGAUGCAGCAGUAUCAUGUCCAGGAAAAUAUGACGUCUCCAAAUCUUGGUCCUGGCAGCAUGCUAGGUGUUGGGUCAAGGAGCUUUCAAGAUGGCAAUGUUCAAGCAAUACCUUUAGUUUCUCAUCAACAAAGGUAUCAAGCUGCAGCUGGAAAUCCUAGGGGCAUUCAGGAUCACGGCUCGGCUGGGUCUCUUGUAAAUAUUUCUACAUCUUCUUCUGUUGGACAAGAUAUGAUGGUCAAUCAUAGUGACAAUAUGAGUGCCGGCGCUUCACUGCAUGGUAAAAGAGAGAAUCCAGAUGGACAACAAACAUCACAAUUACCCAAUUUUAAUAAGAGAUCAAGAAUGAAUUCUGUAGGUCCUGAGGGGAUACAACAGCCACAAAUGGAUAACCUCCAAACAUCUGAUAUGAACUGGAGGAACUCGUUGCUUCAGCAGCAAGUAAUGGCUAGAGGAAUGCAGUAUGGUAAUAAUGUCGGGAUCCAAAAGUACCCACAAAUGUUUGAAGGGGUUACCAAUCAGAGAUUUGGUCCGAAGGAAGAGCAGUUUGAUCCGGAAAAGCUUGAUGGAGGAUCAGAGCUCAGUCAGGGUAAUAAGAGUGAUAUGCAGAUGGAAAGACUGCCUCAACAUAUGAUGAGACCGAAUUUCCCUCCGGCAACAGCAUGGAGCAAUUUCGGCCAAGAGACAAGGAAGGACGAUCAGCAGGUUCCAAAGAGGAAAUCAGCACAAAGUCCUCGUGUAUCAGGAGGUGCUUUGGCUCAGUCUCCAUUGUCAUCUAGAUCUGGGGAAUUCUCGAGUAACUCAGCUGGGCUCCACAUUGGAGCAGUUGCUGCAGCAACUGCUGCGCUUGGUUCAUCGCAGAAGGACAAGUCGGCAGUUACCUCAACUCCUAGGGCGGCAGCAUCUUUGAAUUCCAGCGGCAAUGACUCCUUGCCACGUCAGCAUCAGCAGCCGGCUCAAGUUGUGAGCAAGCGGAAGUCAAAUUCUGUACCCAGGACCACUGCUGCUAUGAGUGGAGUCGCCUCUCCAGCAAGUGUUGGAAACAUGAACGCUGCUAGUCCUAUGGUUGGAGCAGCACAGUUGGCUGAUCAAGUCGUUCUCGAAAGGUUUGCAAAGCUUGAGAUGGUGGCUUCAAGGCAUAAACUGCACUGUAAAAAGAACAAACUGGAUGACUACCCAAGGAAGCCAAACGUAUGUAAUCCUCAGCAUCUUGCGGCCUGCCUAUCCAAUCCAUCAAAUAACGAGGAUUUCAAAGAUGACUCUGAAGAAAGGCAAUUAUCGAAUUCACUCGUUGGUGGCAGCAGGAAUGCUCCCAAGAUGAGAGUUAUGAAUUUUAUGCAAGGUGAACGAGUGCUUCAAGGAAAUGUUGUUGCUUAUGUCCCAAAGGCACGUGCUAGGAUGGUCUUGAUGGAGAAGUCAAGCGAUGGUACUGUGGCUAUGCAUUAUGGAGACCUGGAGGAUGGCGAUAUUCUCUCUGCCGAGGAGUAUCUUCCUACAUUACCUAAUACGCAUCAUGCCGAUUUGCUUGCAAAACAAUUCUGCACAUUGAUGAGCCGUGAUGGCUAUCUCGUGGAGAAUCACAUUGAACAAAAACCAACAAGGAUGUUGAAUAUUCCAUUGAGUAGUCAACCGCCAAUUCUGACGGGCAACAAUACGACGCUGGAUAUGCAACAGCACCAACAACAAUACAACGAAGCUGUCGCGGCUCAGCAAGCCGCCUCAAAUGAUGUGAAGCCGGCUCUUAAUGGUGGCAUUGUUUCUGUAAAUCAAUCCCUGAAUCCAAGAAUGCUACCACCUGGGAACUCUCAGGCCUUACAGAUGUCUCAAGGUCUCUCGUCUGGUGCCUCGCCAUCUCGACCACAGCAGCAGCUUGAUGCUCCAUUAUCCGUUCAGCAGCAACAGCAUCAACAACAAAACCAAAAUGCUUUACUUCAGCAACAACAGCAUCAACAGCAGCUUCAGAGGACACAACAGAUGGCGCUUCCAUCAAAUCCACUCUCCCAUUUAAAUGCUGCUAUAGGCCAGAACUCGAACAACAUGCACUUGGCUGGUCAAAUGGUUAACAAACAACAGCAGACCCAACUUCAGGUGCAACAACAGCAGUUGCAGCAGAGGAAAAUGAUGAUGGGGCUAGGAGGGCAUAUGGGAAUGGGAAACAACAUGGUGGGGCUAGGAACGCUAGGAAAUGCGAUGGCUAUGGGAGCUGCGAGGGGGCUAGCGGGUCCUGGAAUAUCUGGACCGAUGAAUAUGGGCCAGAACCCGAUGAACAUUGGCCAGACACAGCAGAACAUCGCCGCUAUCCAGCAGUUUCGUUCGGGACAGUUGACGCCGCAGCAGGCUGCUUACCUGACGACGAAGUUUAGGCUAAACCAGCGGUCAGGUGUUGCUGGAAUGUCGCCCGGCGUUAGGCAGAUGACCCUCCCCAAUGCUGCUGCCGCAGCUGGGAUUUCCAUGAUGAGUCAGCCCAUGAACAGGCCCAACAUGGGCCAGAUGCAGCAACAGAGGAGCGCAAUGAACCCCAUGGGCCCGCCGAAGCUGAUGGCCGGAAUGAAUAUGUUCAUGAAUCAGCAGCAGCAGAAUCAGCAGUUACAGCAGCAGCAGUUGCAGCAACAGCUACAGCAGCAGCCAGAAUCGACAUCGUCGCUUCAGUCGCUUCAGGGUGUUGUUUCGCCUUCUCAAGUGGGCUCACCAUCGACCAUAGGGCUGCAGCAGCAGCAGCAACCCCUACAGCAUCCUAGCCCGCAGCAAAUGGCCAGAACUCCUAUGAGUCCACAGAUAAGCUCAGGGGCGAUCCACGCCAUGAGCGGCGGUAACCCGGAGGGUUGCCCUGCCAGUCCGCAGUUGAGUUCUCAGACUGUUAACUCCAUUGGAAGUAUCACAAACUCUCCUAUGGAGCUCCAAGGGGUAAACAAGAGCAACUCUGGUAACAAUGUGUAG